AUGAAAUAUAUAAACCGGAAUGCAGUAAUAAAGAUUGCUUAUAUUAUUAUGAGGACUGCCAAUGCACAACUUAGACACCAGAUGCAGGAUGGACAGUGUCACCUGUGCAACCUGCACGAUACUAAAGAGCAUUUAUUAACAGAAUAUACAAGAUACAAUCAUGUUAGAACUGAACUUCUGAUGCAACUAGAAAAAAUGGGCUUAGACUGAAGAGGAAUAGGACUAAUGCAAGUGUUGCUGUACGGUGAAAAGUAUGAAGAAUAUAUAAAGAAGAAGCUGGAGGAAGGAAAAGAAGUGAUAGUAUGCAGAGCAGACUGAUACCACUGGAAUUUGCUCAAAGAAAGAGCAUGACGAUACCCUAAUUUUUGUAAAUAUUUGCAAUUAGGAAGUAAAUUUGAAAGCACACCUAUUAGCAUUUUCAGCUUGGCUCAAUUGAAUGGAACCUUUCUACGGAGGAUAUCAAUUUUAUUAACGACGCAUUAG